AUGUUCGAGAAUACGUGUACCCUGCCUCUGUCGGCAGAUGUGUUCGCAACAGCCCUGCACCCCACGGAGCCCCUCCUGACUGUCGGUUUAUCGAGUGGCCAUGUUGAGACCUUUCGAUUGCCAUCCAGCUCUUCUUCCGACGACACUGCCGAUGCCGAUGGAGACACGAGCGUGCUGAGCGAUGGAAAGAGUAUGAUCGAAUCCGUCUGGCGCACUCGAAGACACAAGGGAAGCUGUAGAUCUUUGGUCUACUCGCACGAUGGCUCAGCUGUCUAUUCAGCUGGAACCGAUGCGCUGGUAAAGCACUUUGACCCCAAAACCGGUCAAGUCAUUUCCAAAUUCGUGAUUCCUUCUGCAACUACGGUCCCCGAUGCGCCGACCCUCCUCCAUGUCCUGAACCCUCAGAGCCUGCUUCUUGCGACCGACUCAGGUGCCCUCCACAUCAUUGACCUUAAAGACGGCAAACUGGGAAAGAAACCCGUUCAGACCCAAUUCCCCCAUGCCGACUAUGUCUCUUCCAUAACACCUUUGCCGCCCACCAGUGCCAGCACCAGUGGAUUCCCAAAGCAAUGGGUCAGCACUGGCGGUACCACGCUCGCCGUGACCGAUGUUAGAAGAGGGGUACUUGUGCGCAGCGACGACCAGGAGGAUGAGCUUCUAUCUUCUUGCUUCGUUCCAGGUAUGGGCCCCAAAGGACAUCGCAAUAACGGCAUUUUGGCGGUAGGAUCCGGCUCGGGUGUAUUGACCAUGUGGGACAAGGGUGCCUGGGACGAUCAACAGGAACGCAUCAUCGUGGAUGGUGACAAAAAGGGUGGCGGUGAAAGUAUCGAUGCCAUAGUCUUGGUCCCGCAAGAGUUGGGACUUGGCAAGAAGGUCGUCUGUGGUGUAGGUGAUGGCAGCUUGCGUGUGGUUGACCUUGUUCUUCGAGAGGUGGACAGUUCAGCCAAUUUACAACACGACCAUAUGGAGAGCGUUGUAUCGCUGGGUUUCGAUUGCGAGAACCGCCUCAUCAGCGCUGGCGGAAGGACUGUGAAGCUUUGGGAAGAGUUAUCUGCUCUUCAAGGAGGCAAUGAAGACGACGACGAAGAGGAUGAAGAUGACGACGACGACGAUAGCGAUGAUAGUGAUGCUGGAGAGAAUGGCAACGGCAAGCGAGCUGCUGACAGCGGCAGUGACGAUGACAGUGAGGAAGACCAAAUUGCGGAGAUGAAGCGUAGGGCCAAGCGACGCAAGGAGGCCCAGCAGAGCAAACUUGGGCCCAUGGGAGCCCACGGCGUCAUGGGCUUUGAGGGCCUGGACUGA